AUGCUGAAUAAGAAGACUACGAAUGAGGAGAAGAAGUACGCGGUGUUGGCGUACAUGGGCGCCGACACAUAUACGAAGUUGUUCGACAGGAUUUCACCGGAACAGGAUCCGAACGACCUUACGUUCGACGAGAUCGUUGCGAAGGUGAAGGAUUUCACCCAACCCGAUGCCAAUAAAUGGGCAGCACGGAUCGCGUUUCGGAAACUCGUCCAAACGUCCGGUGAGCCAUUACUCGAUUUUGAAAGCCGUCUUCGGAAAAUGUCGAUCGACUGCAAUUGGCCCGAUACAGAGAAACAGCUAAGCCUUAUAGAGCAGUUUAUCGCCGGGCUGACCGAUCGACAUACGAAACAAGCGUUAAUGGUCAAAUGCAAGGACAAAACGAAGUUCUCGGAAGUGUUCGCGUGCGCCGACGAAAUACGAAAAGCCCAAAAGGCAACGUCAUCCACUCAACCCACAUCGAACCCUGACGUCGAAGUCAACGCACUCCGAAUGCAACAGAAACGACGAUUUCCGGCAAGGAAUCAAGCACCUCGACAAACUGCUUCAAGUUCAUUAAAAUGCUACCGAUGCGGCAACCCCAACCACUUAGCUCCGAAGUGCCCGCAUAUCAACUCACGAUGCGACACCUGCGGAGUAGUGGGCCACUUAGCAUCGGCGUGCAGGAAGAAAAGAUUCCAGCAGAACUUCCUCGAAGAGUGUCCGGCGAACUUCAUGACUACAGCUGUGGAUCGAGACCCAAUCAUAAUGCAAGUACGUAUCCACGGAAAGCGAAUUGAUAUGGAACUGGACACAGGCUGUGCUCUAUCCACAAUGCCGUACUACAAAUUACGUCAAGAAAGUUCCCGAAUCAUCAACUACAAGAAAACGACGUCCGGUUAA